UUUCUAUGCUUAACAUUUUUCAACAAAUUUCACAAGUUCUUCUCAAGUUUUCCGAUUUUCCUUCUUCGCCAAAUUUAUUCUGGUUGCUCAGAAGUUAAGGGAGAGAAGAAGGUUUUAGACUUUAAUGAAGUCAAAAUGUUUAUGGAAAAUAUGGAAUUUUUUGGCAGCUCAGUAAGUGAGAAACUUGAUUCUUGCUAUUUUUUGGGGUUCAAACAAGGAUCAGAAUUUGAGAAAUGUCAAAAGAUUAUCAAGAAUUUUGAUGAAAAUCAAGAUGAAAGAAUUGAAUCAUUGAAUUUAUUAAUACUAUUAUUUAAGGGAAACCACUUUUGCUGA